AUGGUGAUUGGAUAUUCAUUAAGCUGGUCAGGACCCAUCAUACCGAAACUACAGAAUUUGGAAGACUCACCUCUUCCAUAUUUGUUAACUGAAACACAAAUAUCUUUAGUAGGAUCUUUGGCAUUUGCUGGAUCUAUACCAGGUCCGUUUCUAAUUGCAUGGCUUUCAAAUUACAAGGGCCGGAAGCCAUGUUUUAUUUUAAGUGGAAUAACAGCUAUUAUUGCAUAUACCAUUCUAUCUACGUCGAAGAAUUUGACUAUGUUAUAUUGUGGACGAGUGCUGAACACUUUUGCCACAGCAAUGAUAGCUGUUAAUAAUUUAGUUUACAUGGGUGAAGUAGCGUCUGUUGCUGUGAGAGGAAGUUUCUUAGCAGCAUUUGGAGUAUUUACAUCACUGGGUUCAAUUUUAGUGUUUUCUACUGCGCCAUUUUUUCCUUACUACAUUUCAACUUACAUCGGCCUAGCUCUAUCGGUUUUAUUCACUAUGACUGUGAUAUCAAUACCAGAAUCACCAUUAUUUUAUAUUUUAAAAGGAUUUGGUAUUUUGCCGAUGACUUUGAUCGGAGAAAUAUUUACAUUAAAUGUAAGGAGCAAAGGUUCUGCUGUUGUUCUGGGCAUUUCGUGGAUGUUUGGGUUUUUGCUGACCACUGCUUUUGGCGUGGUGGACUAUGGCCUGAUUCCCUCGUAUGAAGGGAGGCCCAUGCCUAACAGUGGGGCAUUAAAUAGAGCUGAAUACAUGAAAAAUGACAAUUCAAAUCUGGUUUCACUUUCUAGUUCAGAGUUUUUAGUUUACUGGGUUCCUAGGAUUCUAGUUAUGUUAGCAAAGGCAAUCCUCACAGAAGCAGAACUCAAGAUGAUCAUCUCGCUCUCGCUGAAGUCGCACCUGAAAUACUGGGCUGAGGGUUUGAUAUUUGCUGCUCACUCGUUAAGUUACAUGGGGCAGUUGGUAAUUGGAUUUACUCUAGCUUGGACGGGGCCUAUAAUUCCAAAACUUCAGCAUCCGAUAGAGACGCCGUUAUCAGUUCAGCUAUCAAACACACAGUUAUCAUUAGUUGCAUCAAUUAUCUAUAUAGGAGCGAUGCCAGGUCCAUACAUAACGGGAUGGUUAUCAAACGUUAAAGGAAGAAAGCCCUGCAUAAUAAUUGCAGGAGUUGUAUUAACAAUAUCGUACCUUAUAUUAGCAAUUUCAAAUAAUCUUGCAAUGAUAUACUGUGGCAGAUUAUUAACUGGUUUUGGGAUAGGAUGUUUAACUAUGGGUUUCUAUUUCUUUUUUGAUUAUAAGCAAUAUUAUGUGGUUAACAACAUUAGAUGGCUACCAAUUGUUAUACUUAUUGUAUUUUUCUUUGUCUAUGAUUUAGGUUUAGGCAUCAUUCCGAGCGCUUUGAUUGGAGAAAUGUUCAAAACAAAUGUAAGGAGUAAAGGUUCCGCAGUGGCUAUAACAAGUUCUUGGGUAUUUGGCUUUUUGGUCACCACCGCGUUUGGAUCACUGAUAGAUAUUGUUGGUGCUCAUGUACUGUUUUGGUUUUUCUCAUGUUACAUAGGGCAGUUGGUAAUUGGAUUUACUCUAGCUUGGACGGGGCCUAUAAUUCCAAAACUUCAGGAUCCGAUAGAGACACCGCUAUCAUUUCAGCUAUCAGAUACACAGUUAUCAUUAGUUGCAUCAAUUGUCUAUAUAGGAGCGAUUCCAGGUCCAUAUAUAAUGGGAUGGUUAUCAAACGUUAAAGGAAGAAAGCCGUGCAUAAUAAUUGCAGGAGUUGUAUCAACAACAGCGUACCUUAUAUUAGCAUUUUCAAAUAAUCUGGCAAUGAUAUACUGUGGCAGAUUAUUAACUGGUUUUGGAUUGGGAUGUGUGGGUGUAAUGAACUUGGUGUACAUAGGAGAAAUUGCAUCUACAAACAUCAGAGGCAUACUUUUAACAAUUAUAGGUAUAUUUCAAACGGCCGGUGCAAUCUUGGCGUAUGCCAGUGGACUGUUCCUUUCCUACGUAGGUGUAACAUCAGUAGGAUUUGUUUUAGCAUUCAUCUUUACAAUAUUUGCAUUGUUUCUACCAGAAUCCCCUAUGUUUCAUGUAUUAAAAGGCGAAGAUGCUUCGGUAAGAAAAGUGUUAGAAGACUUAGGAAGAUCUAAUGAUAUAGAAGAAAUGAUUGCAUCAAAAAAAGAAUUUGUCAAUUCAACAGCUAAAAAGGAUUGGAAAGAGCUAUUUACAGAUGCUGACAACAGAAAAGCUCUAAACGUUCUUAUUCUUGGAAAUAUAUUUUUGCAAUGUAGUGGGAUUAUUGCUGUAGUAUUUUUUUCUGGGACUAUAUUUAGUAUGGCUGGAAGUACACUCAAUUCUAAUGUAGCGAUGAUCAUAAUUUGCAGUUGCGAGCUGAGUGGUAGCAUGCUUGUGCCAUUUAUGAUCGAAAAAUGCGGAAGGAAGAUUUUGAUGAAGAUUUCAUGUAUUUUAUGCUCUUUAUCUAUGUUAACUAUGGGUUUCUACUUCUUUUUUGAUUAUAAGCAAUAUUCCGUGGUUAACAACAUUAGAUGGCUACCAAUUGUUAUACUUAUUGUAUUUUUCUUUGUCUAUGAUUUAGGUUUAGGCAUCAUUCCGAGCACGCUGAUUGGAGAAAUGUUCAAAACAAAUGUAAGAAGUAAAGGUUCCGCUGUGGCUAUUACAAGUUCCUUGGUAUUUGGGUUUUUGGUCACCACCGCAUUUGGAUCAUUGAUAGAUAUUGUUGGUGCUCAUGUAUUGUUUUGGUUUUUCUCAUGUUCUUCGGCAUUGGCAUUUAUAUUUACACAGAUAUACAUACCAGAGACUAAAGGGAAAAGUUUACUGGAGAUACAAACGUUUAAAAAA